AUAAAUUUAGGUUAUGAAUAGUGAUUAGUAUGUUAUGAAUUUGUAAAAUAUAAAACAAACGUCAUUUUUAAAUGGAACUAUCAUAUUCUAAACCCUAAAAGGCCAUAUUUGUCGAAGUAAAGUGAUUUUUUAUUUACAGUUUGUAGAAUUUCGUAAUGAAAAGCAGAAAGUAGUUGCUGAUUAUUAGAAGUGUUUAAAAGUUGUCAUACGAAUCUCCUGAAAAUGUUAAAAAAUGGAACUGUGUUGCAUCAAGUUAAACAUGCCUAUGCAACAAUGCCUGAGACGGUUAAUAAGGUGCUGAAUCAACAUUCUGUUGGAAAAAAAGCCUUUAUACAGGGAUGGAUUAAAUCUGUAAGAAAACUUAAAAAUCAUAUAUUUUUUAAUAUAAAUGAUGGUUCAACUAGAGAAGCUAUUCAGGUUGUUGCUGAGAUGGAGGCUGCUCAAAAUAUCCGAACAGGAGCCUCAGUAUCCGUUCUAGGAACAUUAUCAAUAGCUCCAAACAAUCAGAAAGAAUUAAAGGCUGAAAAUGUACAACUAAUUGGUGACUGUGUUAUCACAGAAGGUUAUCCUUUUGCCCCUCGAAAAGUUUAUCCUCCAGAAUAUGUUAGACAAUAUUUACAUUUUAGACCAAGAACAAAUAGAUUUUCUUCAUUGCUGCGAGUUAGAAGUAAUCUGCUAACUGAAGUUACAAAAUAUUUCAAUGAAGUGGGGUUUAUUCAUAUAAAUACACCCAUUAUUACUUCAAAUGACUGUGAAGGUGGAGGAGAAGUUUUUACUGCAGUUCCUGCUAACAAAGAACUUAUUAAACAAAUGGGAAAGCCAGGAGAGCCCACAGAAAAGACUUACUUUAAUUCUGAGGUAUAUCUGACUGUUUCUGGUCAGUUGCAUUUAGAAGCAGUUGCCCAUGGUUUGAGUAAAGUCUACACAAUGGGUCCAGUAUUUAGAGCUGAAAAUUCACGAUCACGUUUGCAUUUAUCAGAAUUUUACAUGCUUGAGGCGGAAUUAGCAUUUAUUAAUAAAAUUUCGGAAAUUUUAAAUGUCAUAGAAAAUUUAUUGAAAACUGUUACAAGGAGGGUCUUAGAAACUUCCCAAGAUGAUAUUAAUUAUCUUACAAAUAACAAAGAUUUUUCAUGGUUGGACAAACCAUUUGUGAUAUUAACUUAUGAUGAAGCAAUAAAUAUUUUAUCUAGUAAAUUGAAGAUGCCAGACACUGAUGCCAGAAGUGAAACUGAGUUUUCAAAAGAAGACGAACUAGCUGUAGUUUCUUACUGUGGAAACUUGCCAACUUUUGUAAUAAAUUGGCCAAAACAAGUAAAAGCUUUUUAUAUGAGGGAAUGUGAAGAUAAUCCUAAAAAGGUAAGUGCCUUGGAUUUAUUAGUUCCUGGUGUUGGAGAAAUAGUUGGAGGAGGAUUACGUGAAAAUACUUACGAAAAACUUCAAAAGAAUAUACCAAGUGAUGACAAAAAUUUUGAAUGGUAUUUAGAGUUAAGAAAGUUUGGAGGUGUACCAACAGGUGGAUUUGGACUUGGUUUUGAAAGGUACCUACAGUUUCUACUGGAUAUUGAAAAUAUUAAAGAUGCAAUACCUUUUCCACGGUGGCCCCACAACUGUCAACUGUAGCAAAAAUAUUUUCUUGUAAUUUUUUUUUUUUCUUUUGUACGAAAUCUAGUAAAGAUAGCUAGUCAAUAAA